CAAUCAGUUUUUUUUAUACCACACUCUUUUUUUCUCUUACCUUCAUCUUUUUCAUUGAUAAAAACUCCAACAAUUUGAGACCAAAACUGAAAAAUCUUAAGAAGAAGCAAAAAAUAAUAGAGAGGAAAAAGAAAAAGAGGGCAUUUUAGCCCUCUGCCUUUUGCUUUAUGCCUCUCUAACAGAUCUUGAAUUUCAAUCAUUUUUUUCUUCAAUCUGAGCCUUCAUCUUUUUGAGAGGAAAUGGAGAGUGGCAAAGUAUUCGUUGGAGGGAUUUCUUGGGACACAAAUGAUGAUAGGCUCAGAGAAUAUUUUCAAGCUUUUGGUGAUGUAGUUGAAGCUGUGAUCAUGAAAGAUCGAAUCACUGGCCGUGCUCGUGGUUUUGGUUUUGUUGUCUUUGCAGACCCUUCCAUUGCUGAAAAAGUUGUUAAAGAAAAACACAUUAUUGAUGGUAGAACUGUAGAGGCAAAAAAAGCUGUUCCGAGGGACGAUCAACAUGUUAAUCGAACCAACGGAAGCAUACAGGGUUCUCCAGGUCCUGCCCGCACCAGAAAGAUUUUUGUCGGAGGUUUGGCAUCCUCAGUCACUGAGAGUGACUUCAAGAAGUAUUUUGACCAAUUUGGGACAAUCACAGAUGUCGUGGUGAUGUAUGACCAUAACACACAAAGGCCUAGAGGUUUUGGAUUCAUCACGUAUGACUCAGAGGAAGCAGUUGAUAAUGUACUAUUCAAAACAUUUCAUGAACUUAAUGGUAAAAGGGUCGAAGUCAAGCGUGCUGUUCCAAAAGAGUUAUCGCCCGGGCCAACCCAAAGCCAAUUAGUAGGUAGAUAUAACCAUGGCAUGAACAGGGUAAACAAUUUCCUUAAUGUGUAUGCUCAAGGUUACAGUCCAAGCCUGAUGGGAAACUAUGGAGUCGGAACAGAAGGUAGAUAUUCUCCAAUCUCCGUUGGUCGCAAUGGAUACUCUUUGUUUGGUCCAGUUGACUACAAUAUGGGAACAGAAAUAGACUCCAGAUUGAACUCAAGCUAUGGUGGAAGUGGAAAGUUCAGUUCCGUUCUUGGUUAUGGACGUAACUUAAAUUCCUUUCACAAUGAGAAUUCAAACAAAUACAAUGUUCCUGUCGGGCAUGGCUCUGGAAGAGUUGGAAAUGGUCCUGUGUUGAAUUCAACAGGUCAGAACAAGUGGGAGAAUGAUAGUCUUUUUCAUGGUACAAAUUUUGCAAACACUAGCAUGUUUGUUGGUUCAGGAAGCGGGAAUACAGGACUAUCUGGUGUUUUUGGAGGUCUUGGAACAACAUGGGGUACCUCUCCAAUUUCUGGCCAAGGUGGACGUAACGGUUCUUUCAGCGAUGACAACAUCACUUUCAGCGGUGGACAGAAUGGAUUUGCAGGUGGGGCAGGGUAUGGACAAAAUGCAAGAAGCAAUGCUGAUGCUGAGUCAUCAUAUGCUCCAACACAAGGUGUUCAUGCAAACACUUUUGGGGAUUUUUAUGGAACGGUAAGCAGUUCGAUUCUUGAGGACUCUACUUGGCGUGCAUCCUCUCCAGAGUUAGACAGCGCUGGAGCUCUUAGUUAUGGACUCGGGAGUGCAGACUCCCUCAGUUAUGUGGGUGGUUAUAGUGUUGCAAAUAGAUCAACUAGAGGUAUUGCUGCCUAGGAAGAUUAAUGUAUGGAAUUUGGAUAUCGAAUAUUUAAUGUAGGUGGAAAAUACAGCAUGAUCAAAGUGUGGAUUAAGCAUUCCUGUUGGGGAAAUACUUCAGGCAAAAGGUACAUUCACUUAGAGCUAAUUCAAUACCAACUAUAGAACUUUAUCGUCAACAAUUGUUUACAACGUAAAGGGACUUCCUUGUAACGUUUGAACAUAGCAUUUCUUUACUAUAGGCCUUCAUUUUCUUUCUUCUUUUCUACAUUUGGCAUUUGAUUGAGAUGUAAAGUUGGAUAACGGAAUAUACUUGCGAUAAUUGUACCAAUGCAUAUUGGGUGAUACUAUGAGACUUAAAGCAAAUGUUCAUUUUAUUGUUGA